UUGACAAAUAAUCACCUACACACUAAAAUUUAAAAUUUUGUUUUUGUUGUAAUUCUGUUUACCUACUAUAAAUAGGUAUUUUUUUCAUUUCUGUUUACAAUUAAAAAUUUAUUAUGAGUGAUUUCCAAAAUGCAACUGAAGCGGCAUCAUUAGCGGUACAAUUUGAUCAAACGGGGCAGACUAACAAAGCAGUAGAAUGCUACAGAACAGCAGCAAGAUUGUUAGAUAGAAUAUGUGACCAAAUUUCUCCAGAAAAGCAAACAGAAAUUCGAAGUAAAGUAAAGGAAUAUUUAAAAAGAGCUACAUUCCUGCAAGAACAAAAAGAUAUUUCGCAGCAAGCCGAGAGUGAGAGAAUUAUGCAGAAAUGCUAUUUCCUGAUGCAACAAGCUCUUGAUGCUGAUGAAGCACAACUUAAAGACCUGGCACUGCAGCUGUACACUCAGGCAGUAGAAUAUGCUGUGUCUGUUAAAUGCAGUGAUGGAGACAUCAAUAAUAAAAUUAAAUCAGUUGCUGAACAAGCCUUAGAUAGAGCAGAAGAAAUAAAGGGUAUCAAAAAACUUUCAGCUUUGUCUAUAAAUGAAACAAAACAGCCAGCUGUAUCUCCUACUAGAGUGCAAUUGCAAAGAGAACAGAGUGUACAUCUUAAAGUGACUGGCAAACAAAUAUAUACAGAAGAAGAAAAAGAAGUUCUUUGCCAAACAUCUAAGAUUAAUAACAACUGCUUUCUGCCGUUCAUGGAUAUUGAUUUAUCGGAAAAAUUUCAAUAUGCCAUACCAUUUGAGGACCGAGCUAGUGAGUUGAAGUUGUCAAGUAAACAAGAGAAGGAGUUUAGUAGAUGGGUGCGGCCACAUGAAGUUUCAAGUGAUCCGAGAUUGAUUGUGGGCGAUCAUGUGGAUUGCUUUAGUAUCAAGCAAACUAUAGUAUCGGAUUGCUCAUUCGUCGCAUCGUUAGCGGUCAGUGCCUUAUACGAGAAGAGGUUUAAUAAAAAGAUUAUCACGUCCAUAAUAUACCCGAAGAAUAAACACAAAGUGCCUGUGUACAACCCGUUUGGAAAAUAUAUGGUAAAGCUGCAUCUGAACGGUGUCAGGAGAAAGGUGAUUAUAGAUGAUCGUCUUCCGUACAGUAGACAUGACCGGCUGCUCUGUUCCUACUCCAGCAAUAAGAAUGAAUUCUGGGUCUCGAUGCUGGAGAAGGCGUACAUGAAAGUAAUGGGAGGAUACGAUUUCCCUGGCUCGAAUAGUAACAUAGAUCUUCACGCGUUGACCGGCUGGAUACCGGAGCGUUGCGCGAUCCGUCCGGGCGACGCGGAGUUCAACUCGGCAGCUUUGUUCACCCGCCUGUACUCGCGUCUGCCGCGCGGGGACGUAUUGGCGACGGUAGCGACCGGCUCGCUCAGCGACAGCGACGCGGAACGUACCGGGCUCGUUGCCGCGCAUGCGUACGCACUGCUCGACGUGCGACUCGUAAAUGGUGUAAAGUUGUUGAAGCUCAAGAAUCCAUGGUCUCACCUCCGCUGGCGUGGAAGGUACAGCGAAUUGGAUACUACAAGUUGGACGCCAGCUCUACGUGCUGAACUGGGGUACGACCCCGACAGCGCAGCGCAGUAUGACAACGGGGUCUUCUGGAUCGACUACCCGAGCAUACUGAACUUCUUCGAUGUGUUCUACUUGAACUGGAACCCGGAGUUAUUUCAGUACACCUACUGUAUACACCAAAAAUGGGAUGCUGGCAACGGCCCAGUACGCGAUGCGUAUAACGUAGGCGAGAACCCGCAAUUCUCUCUUAAAGUACGAGGCCAGGGGGCGGUGUGGCUUCUUCUGACCCGACACAUAACUAAUAUAGACGACUUCAGAGACAACAAGGAGUAUAUCACGCUGCUUGUAUACCGGAGUGGCAAAAGAGUCUAUUAUCCGUAUGACCCGCCACCUUAUAUAGACGGCGUUCGAAUCAACAGUCCUCAUUAUUUGUGUAAAAUAAUAGUGAACGAGACAACUGCGAAAAGUGAAAAAGAUAGUUUUACUCUUGUGGUGUCGCAAUAUGAGAAGACCCGCUCCAUACAUUAUACACUAAGGGCGUAUGCGACCUGCCCUUUCCAGAUGGACAAAAUUGAACCCUAUCCCCAUGUUGUUACGUUACGUGGUGAAUGGUCGGGUCGAUCUGCGGGCGGAUGCGAGAACCACCCUGCUACGUACCCGUACAAUCCUCGUUUCAUAGUGCGGGUGCCAGAUGCUGUCUCCGGCUGCGAGCUUGUGGCAGAACUUAAAGGGCCCAAGCAGUAUCAGAUAGGGAUAGAUGCCAGGGUUGAAUCUCUGGACGAUCCCUCCGUCACUGCGCCUUUCUUGAAGGAGUCUUCGGGCGCUUACAGGUCAGGAUUCGUGUUUCUAAUACUGCGGAACCUCCCAGCGGGGAGGUAUAUUCUCACCCCCUCCACUUUCUACCCUGGGGAGGAGGGCCCCUUCAUACUGGAACUGAAGUCUAACUGUAAUGUGACGUGCGAGCCUCGCUAGGUACCGAGGUGCGGGAGAAAGGAAGAAGCGCUUCUUUAUAAAUGAUCUCUAUAAUUAUUAAAACACUUGUAGAGCUUUUUGAAUCUGUGAAUAUAUUCAGUCUUAAUUUUAAUCUUUUGUAUGAACUUUUUUUUACUUAACAGCAACAGACACAUUUUAAGGACGACAGUUGUAUUUGGGCGCUCUUAUUUAAAAAUACUUCGCUCAUUCCUCACAAUUAUUAUUUUCUUAAACCCUUUAUGUUUGAAAUUUAUGCAGGGUGGGGUAAUCAAUGGUUAUGCAAACCGAAUUUGCCCCAUAGAUCCUCUUACCCCACUUUUCGUUCCAUUAUAAUCAAAUACUGCCUUUGAUUAUAUUUGUUUAUAAUAGAACGAAUAAUAUAACACAACUUUACUACAUUGUAAUUAGGAAAAAUUCAUAUAGCAUUUUUUUAUAGUAUUUAUUGGCCAUUGAAAAUUAAAGGUUAUUUAUUGGAAUAUUUUGAAAAUGACAAAAUCAAAUUCUUUUUUAAAUUUUUUGUUAUAAUUUAAGAGUUAGGUGUGAAUUUUGAAAAAUAAAAAUAUUUACAAUAUCAUAUUACUUAAGUAUCAAUUUCAUCAAGUUUGUAUCAAAAAGAUUUUAAUUAAGCUAAUAGAUUUAAGUUCACUUUAAAGUUAUCAUUUAACCAAAUAUUUUUUUGUUGCAAGAUUAUAAUGAAUCUCCUCACCUUAUAUUAUUUUAGAUAUUUUAUUGAUGCUUUAUGUGUAUGUAAUCAUAGUUAUUAAUUUAUACAUGCGUUAGUAAUUUUUAUUAUGGCGAUUGAUUUUGAAUUGUUCUAUGAUUUGAGUUACGGGCAAAUUUUACUUCAGACCAGCUGUAAUACAAACAGAGUGUGUACUCUUCCAUAAAUAUAUUUGAUUUAAACUAAAACUGAUAUCGUAUUUUCCUGCAUCAGGUGAAAUGGGUCAAGACAGCACUAACGUAAAGUAAAUGUUAUCAUCUUUAUCAUGUGGAGGCGUUUCUAUCUUUCUGGGUGUUUUACAUCAUUUUAUGAUACGAUAUGACAUUGUUAUGAGAAGAUGUUGCCGCUUAGUAUCGUGUGGGUCUUACGUUAGUUGUUCCUAUAAAAUGCACAUAGACAUUCUAACUUGACUCCAGAGUGUAACCGGGGCGCGUCCGGACCGUAUAAUAUUUAUGUAUACGAGCGAAGGCACCGGUUUUGAUCCGCCAUUUUGUGUAACACAUGUUUUGCGUUUGCGUUAGUGUAUAUAAACGUGUAUAACAUAAAAAAUAUGGAAGUGCUUGUUUAUGAGUUGUUAAUUUAGAAACAUUUUUCAAUUAGGGUCGCUUAACUGUGAUCAUUGCUUUACUAUCUAACUCGGCAUGAAUACUUUCACGCGGUUCCGUUGCGAUGACUGCGGAGCGUUUUAAACUCAGCGCAAAUCCGGUCCGAUGCCCGUGUAACUCCGGUGGCAUGUAUUAAAGAAGCUUUACUGAUUUUGUGUUUCAUUAUAUUUUAAAUCAAAGAGGAUGUAAAUACUAAUAUGAGGUGGGACUGCCUAAGUAAAUAUUGAAAUUUAGUUUAGCAUGAAACUUGCAAUCAUUGCAGUUUGAAAUAGUAGCAAUAACAGUAUGGCGAUUGGCGACGAGGCUAAGUUUGAAAGCGAACAGUUCCUUAAAACGUAGUGGAUAUCGGCUAUCUCUGUUUCUUACAUGAUUAUAGCCGUCAUCUGUCAAUCUAUCAAUGACUGCACGUUUCAUACAAUUGAGUGAAUCUCUUUUUUCUUAUAGAGUUUCGCUUUUUGUUUUCGAUACAAAUUUCGUAACAUAUGCACAAAACUUGAAUUUUGUAAUAUUAAUAAAGUGUUGAAAGCAUUGUUAUAUUCUUUCUUCUUGUAACUCGAUAUGAUAAUUUGCGAGGCUCGCACUGUGAUAGUUUAAUUGACUCUAUUCUCAUUUAUCUUAAAUUAAAUUUUUGAUUUUAUUGUAAAUAGUUAACGAGGGUAGGUGUAAAGUGACGAAUUUUUUGACGGUUGAUUUUUAAAGCCUUACAUUUUGGAAAUGCCUGACUUCUCCAAUGUUACGGUCAAAAUUACCAUCAGGGCACCCAAAGUGUCGCUUUUCGUCAUAAUAUUUAAAAUAUCGACAAUAUUUACAUUUUGCUUAUUAUUACGUAAUUAACUAGGCAAAUUUUUAACUUUUAAAAUUAAAUUUAACGAAGCCGAAUUUAUAUAUAUAUCAGUAUGUUAUGAUGUAAAAGGUUAUGUUUUCCUGUAUAUAUAAUAUAUUUGUUAUCAAGUUAUAUAAAAUAAAAAAGAGAAUAUAUUAUGUAUUAAAUGUGAUUUUAUCUUUCUUUGUAUAUUUUAAUCUGCGUUUUUUUGGAAUGUUAUCUGAAAUAAUGUUAUGGCUUAAAAUUAUUAUCACAUAAAUUAAAUAUUUUUAUAGUA